GUCUGCCGGAUGGCGUAGUCGGUGGCGGGUUCCGGGUGUUCCCGGUGCUUCUGAGGGUGCACCACUCGCUGGGAGACGGCGUGGCCCUCCUGCACCUGCUGACGCACGCGCUCUCUGGCUCCCCACAGUCGUCUCCGCCGUCGACGCCGCCCCCGCCGGCCUCGGAAGCGAGCUUCUUCCAGCGGGCGUCCUGUACACCCGGCGAUGGCCGCGCCACGCCCAUCAUCUGCCAGGUGCCGACGCUGCGCGCUAUGCCGGCCACGACGAACGCGUGGCCGCCGCAGCCGCCGGCGUCGCUCAGCACCGAGACGGAGCACGCGCCGCCACCCGCCGCUCUCCGGCCGCGCUCUCCAGCUCCAGCGCCGGAUCCGGCUCCAGGCGACAGGGAGAGGGGACUUGGCCGUGUGGGUGGAGGCGGCCCGGCGCUCCUCCCCCGCGGCGUGGGCACCUCCGCGUCCGGCCACGCCCGGUCUCCGCGACAGCUCGGCGCCGAGCUCUCGGCCGGCGACGCCUUUCCACUCUGCGCCGAGCUCUCGGCCGGCGACGCCCUUCCACUCUGCGCCGAGCUCGCGGCCCGCGACGCCCUUCCAGUGCUUCAUCGACGCCGCGGGCGACGCCGUGUCGUUCACGGCCGCCGUCAACAGCAGGUCGCCGACGCAGGUGGGGGCCGGGCAGUGCCCCGCGGGGGGCGGCAGCCGCCCCACGUCCCCCCUGGCGCCCCCGGACUCCCCCGUGAAGCGGCCGGCGUCGCCCGUGCCGCCCUACAUCCCGGGCGUGCCCGCUUCGCCCGUCCGCCGCCCCCUGCGGAGGGUCCUCAACGGCCAGACUCCUCACCGGCCGUACAGCCCCAGUGCUCCGGCACUCACCAGACUGCACUGCUACAGCGGCGGCGCCGCCGCCUUCGCGGACGACCUCUGCGACAGCAGCUGCGGGCUCGACGGUCGCGGCGGUACCACCAUAUACUACUACAGCGCGACCGACGGCAGCUGCAGGAAGCUGACGAGGAACUUCUCCCACGAUGACGAGCGCUCCACUGCUGCCGAGACGCCCGAGAGAACCCAGUCCAAAAACUUGGCGCGUUCCGUUUCCUUCGGCCCUGUCGAGGUUUUGGACGGCUCUGACAAGGAGACUCUCCCACAGACGUCAAUCACCGAGCGGGAAAUGAACCGGGACAACGACGAUGCCGAGACGGCUGCAGUACUUGAAGCUCCCAACAGUCCAGUCAAGAAAGUUAAUUCCGAAGCCAGUCCAGAGGCAAAAAAGGAGAUAGCCGUUGAUGACGCACCGCAGAAACCGUCGUUGCUCGUGCCGGCCGUAAAAGUGGAGGAAGUGUCUCUCCAACCUGGUAAUGAAGCUGAAGCAGCCCAAGGGACCACAAUACAGGCUCAGCAGAUGGAGCCGCAUAACAAGGAUCUGCCUACUGGAAGAGGGCAGAAGAGCUCUGAAUGCAAGGCUAGGCAACUUCCGAAGUUCAAGCUCGUUCCUGAAGGUGGUCAGCUCCUGCGCGUAGAAGCGCAGCUGAUGACCGCAAAUGCAGGUGUUUCGGGCAGCCCGUACGCGCCGCUGCUGCAGGCGAUCAGCGAGUCAGGUCGCAGCCGGCCCGCCGGCGCGCUGGAGGCUGCCCGCGGCGCAUGCGCACUGCUGCUGACGCCGGCGGCGCUACUGCAGCAGGCGCUGCUGCACGCCGACCACCAGCUGCCCUGCCCCGCCGGACAGCUCUCCGGGGACAAGGUGGUGACGUGGCUGUCGGAGCCGCGGCUGCUGGAGGCGGUGCGGCGCGUGCGGCGGCGCGAGUGCGCGCGCUUCACGGACGUGCUGCUGGCGGCGCUGGCGGCGGCGCUCGACCGCCGGCUGGGCCCGCGCGCGCCGUGCAGCGCCACCGUCGUGCUGCCCGGCCGCAUCGCCGGCCCGGAGGCCCGGCCGCGCCCGGCCGCCGCCGACGUCUCCAGCUUCCUGGACAGCCCGGGCCCGCGGCCGCCGCUGCAGAACAGCUUCUCCGUGGGCCUGCUGCCGCUGCCGCUGGCCGGCGCCUCGCGCCUGCCGCCCAACCGCCGCCUCCGAGAGGUCGCGCGGCGCUCGCGUCUCCUUCGCGCGUCGCCGGACUACCAGGUGAACUGGUGGCUGAUGCGAGUCGCGGCUAGUGUGCUGCCGACAGGGCUACUGGGGCCCGCACUGAGAAGCAUGCGCUCCAGCCUCGUGGUGAGCAACUUACAAGGGCCGGACCACCGCGUGCGCAUCGCUGGGCACGAGGUGCGAGACCUCGUCUUCUGGGUGCCCAACAGGGGCUCCAACGGAAUGGGUGUGAGUAUUCUGAGCUAUGCUGGUGGGCUGCAGCUGGGACUACAGCUGGACAAGGCCGUGGCACUGGGACCAGAUGAUGAGGCACGGCUGCUAACAGUUGUUGCUGCAGAGAUACACCGUAUGGAUGCCGCCAGUCGUGCUGACCACUGAGAUGGAGUAUCCAGCAUCCAGGUCUGCACUUCCCAGGGCAUUUCCAUUUCUUUCUCUCUAUGCAGCCAAGCCAUCCAGAGCAUACCUGCAGUUACCACAGUAGCCUCGCAGUAACAUUAAAGAAUAAAAUAUUUUUUAAAAGUAGUCAAGGAAUGUGACUUCUGCCAUGAGAAUGAGAACCCAUGUGCAACUUAACCAAUGGCAUCAACAUAAAAGUAACUUCUUUAUGUGUCCCUAACACUUAACUUCAUUCCAGUUCCAAUAUCUUCAUCUACAACUGUACUGUACAGACCUUUGUUAAGUGCAAUUGUACCAAUAUUUAGAUUUCUUCCUGUUUCAUUCAUGGAUGGAACAUAGGAAGACUGUUUAUAUAAUUCUGUGUAAUAUGUUGUAGUUUUUAUGUUUAUCUUCACUGGCCCUAUGACACACAUAGAUAUAUGAAGAAUUUCAAUUUAAAAACUAGUUUUUUGGAAUUUGGUAAGUAGGCUUUUGCAUGGUUCCAGGUACCUAAAAGCUGAGAUUCUGGAACAUGUGUGAAACUAACUCAUGAGCAUUUGUGCUGCAUUUCUCUGUUUCUGAUUAAUGAGCCUGUUAAUAUAACCUGACAACUGUCAGUCAUGUAAUCUGUUUUGUAGGCAAAUUUCAGUUUCCUUAAAUCCUUACCAAUGGUCUGAGGCCUGUCACUUACUUUAUCUGCCAUUGAGCCUAUUUAUGAUUGACCCGCUAACAUUCCCUCUGACAACUAUUCCCACAAAUUCAUCUAACAACAUUUAUGAGCUGUCAAAUGAUACUAGCCCAUGGUUAUUCAAACUUCUUGCUAUUCAAGAUAAUAUCCAUUACACACUGUGGAAAAUCCGCAAAAACUCUAUGUAGCAGACCCCAACCAUAAUCACACUUCCAGGCAAGGAUUGCUGGGGUCCAUAGUUUUCCAACCCAGAUAACAGAUUUCCCUUUUGACUAGAACCCCAACCUGAAAAACCUCCACAGCUGUUCUAGCAAACAUGCUUCAAAGUCAGAUAUUCAGUGCACAAUUAUUUAAACAUUACAACAACAGUAAAAUAUUUCAACACAGAUUUCCAGCUUUUAAUAGUUCCCCAUAAACAGAUAACUUUGUGAAAAUGAGUGAGCUUCGAUCCCACACAAGACAUUCUGCUCUUAAAAGUUAACUAUGCACAGUUUCAUGUUGACCAUUAAUUCUGAGAUGUACUAUGCAGAACCUCAGCUGAGAGCUAGCAAAAUUUUCUGUCUCAGAGAGAAGUCAUCUAACAACAAGCCAGUAAAUAUUUAGGUGUUUCGUUCAAUAACUGAGAUUUUCAACAUGGCUCUCUCAGCAACACAUCAGUAAAAAAAAAAUUGUCAAAGCAGCUGGGAUGCAUAUGUUCAGUUACGCAAUUUGAAUGACAAUAUUUAGGAUUAUUUUUACAAUUCUGCUAUUUAUAUCAUUAUCCUGAUUAUGUGAUCAACUGCAAAGAAUUUAUAAGCAUAGAGAAGUGAUUACAGAUUGACUCUCUAUACCCAUUAUACAUUCAUAUUCACUUGUAUACAAUUGGAAGUAUGGCAUUUUACUCUAUUAGCAGACAAGUACCACCGUGGGAUGUUCAAAUGUAUUAUAGAGCAUACAUACAGGAUAACCACAAUACAUUGUUUAAAAAAAACUAAUUUGUUUACUUGAACAUUAAAUCUCACUGGAACGUGACACUAAUGAAUGGA